CUCGUACGAGCAAUGCCUCGUAGAUAAAUCGGAGUUGAAAUCCCCGUUUACGGUCUCCAACAUAGCCAGUCCUCGCGUGGAAAGUGCGCGAACAAUUCCUCGAAAAAUGUUGCGCGCCUGUGAUAUACUUCCGGCGGUGAUUUGCACGCUCGCGUGUUUCAUAUGCCAUUGCACACCGUGCUCCCCUGAUAUUGGACAGCCGCUGCACUUGGGUCAGUUUUCAGGAAAAUGGUAUUUCUCUGCUGGAAUACCGAUAAACGCAAGCCUGAGUAGAUGUGGACAGUUUCUGGUCAGCCAAACAUCUUCGAACACGUUCACGGCGAAAUUCACGGCAAUCAGUUAUAAGAACAACAUUCCAAUUGCCGUCAACAUCGAUGGAAGCGUAAAUGGGAAAGAUAUUGCCGCAACUUGGCAAUUUCAAGGAUCAAAGAGAAAAUUAGGGCCUUUUCGUCACGUUAUAAUCUCUGUCAAGUACGACACGGUUCUCGGGAUGUUGGUCUGCUCCAAGGGUACGGCACACCACCAGGGAUACAAGUUCGUCAUGAUUUGGUCCCGAGAGAGGAGCCUGCCUUUGCCGAUCUUCAAGGAGCUCAAGACGAAACUAGGAGCAUACAUUAAUCAAGGGAGAAUUCGGAUGGUGGAUCACGGGAAUUGUUAAACAAACCGUGAACUUCUAUGCAACACCGAGCCUCGACACACUUGGCCCGCUGAUAAUUUCGUUUUCGUGUUUAAUUAAUAAACGUUGUUGAGGAUUGAAUUUUCUUUGAGUUGAUUGGCAUUAAGAAGCCAUGGAUCCAACGUGGAUGCAAAGAAACGGUUAAUUCGAAGUAGACGAAGCAAGUGAAAAAUAGAUUAGAAUUUUGAAUGAGUUAUAGAUUAAUUGAGGUAAUUUUUAUGAAGUGCAAAUAUCGAAUAUGAAGUUUUUUUAACUUGUUCAAUCAAACAAUUUCAUCGAGCUUCUCUAUUCUCUUUG